UUCUCUGCUUUGACUCUGAUUCUCUCCAGACUGCAGUCAUGGAAUCAGACAUUUAUUUAUGUCCUGUUUUGAAUCUUUCUGUCUGAUCUCGAGACUCAUCGGACUGUUGAUCGGAUGACAGAUUUAAUGAUGUUUCCUCCUGAUGUUUUAUAUUCACUGCUGUUGUUGGGAAUAUCGUGUCUGACUGUCUUCACUAAGAGUUCGCAGGAGUUCUCAGGUUAUCUGUCCCGUGUGCUGAGGAAUUACACUGAACAGGCGUGUGAUGGAGACUUCCUGACUGUUAGCUGCCCACCCAGAACCUCCAUUACGGUCCAAUCCGCAUUCUACGGUCGUAUAGACUCCGCCCACUCACCUCAGUGCCCGCCUACUUAUAGCAGCACCAGGACACACUUAGUUAAUGACAUCACUUCCUGUCAUGUGUCAACAUCCUUGCAGAAGAUGUUGGAUGAAUGUGAGGACAGAAGGAGCUGUCAAGUUCUUGUCAACAGUCGUCUGUUCGGAGCGGAUCCGUGUCCAGCCGUCAGCAAAUACCUCAGCGUUCAGUACAAGUGUAGACCGAAUGAAUAUAAGAGUAAAGUGGUGUGUGAAGGUGAACGUCUGAGGUUAGGCUGUAAGACGGGGAUGCAGAUCGCGGUUUAUUCCGCCAUGUUUGGCCGCACACAAAGCGGCACACUGGAGUGUCCUCCACACCACACGAGGGCGCCAUCUGUAGAUUGCACAUCAGACGUGGCUCUGCAGGUGAUGACAUCACGUUGCCAGGGGAAACGCACCUGUGUGGUCCGCGCCUCUACUGAGGAGUUUGGAGAUCCCUGUUACCGUGGUACCCGCAAAUACCUCAGUGUGAUCCACACCUGUGUCCCAAAGAAACUGCUGCAGGAAUCAAUUUCCGGGCAAACGUCAUUCCCCUCCCCUCCCUCUAUGCCUCAUGACCCCAAUGUGGUGGGAGACAGCGCCCCUCCUGACGGGACUCCGCCCUUGACCUCUGACUCUGCACCAGGGAGGUCGACGCGAGGCCGGACCUCUGGAUCUUAUUCAGAAGAGCCGGAGCGUCCUGCAGAAGGAGAGAAAGAAAGCAAACCGAACCCGACUAUCUCCACGAUGACCAGACCGGCAAUGAACCUCAUCAGCAGCCUGCUGUCAGCUUACACCUACAUCACAGGGCAUCCGGAGCGUUGCGCGCUCUAUUUCAUGUGCGGAGUGUGCGCUGGACUCUUUGUGACACUCUUUGCAUUGGUGGUCCAGAUCUCUUGCCGUACGGACUGUAAACCCCGGCACACGGGAGCUAAAAAGCGGCCGAGACCCGCCGACUCCGACAGCGAUACCCUGGACUCUGAUUCUGACUGGGACGCGGGCUCGGACCUUUCGGCCCGGCGACACCGGCGCUUCGAGCGCACGCUCAACACGAACGUCUUCACGUCGGCCGAGGAGCUGGAGCGAGCGCAGCGGUUGGAAGAGAGAGAGCGAAUAAUACGAGAAAUAUGGAUGAACGGACAGCCGGACGUCCCUGGCACGCGCAGCCUGAAUCGUUACUAUUAGAGCGCUGCCUCUGAUUGGACGCGUGCAGAUAGGAAGCUACUACUGGGAGAUGUAAUGGGAUAGGAUUAAGCUUUACUUUACAGCAUGCUUUAUCAGAUGAGAGGAUAAAUGCACUUCAUCGCUGGACUGAUGCUGAUGCUAAGGCUCAUGGGAGAUGUAGUCCAUUUAAAGACUCUAGGAGUCUGUAGGCAGCUCUUUAAAGGUGUGAUAAGCUCAAAGCACUGUGUUUGGUCCGUCACUUCGCCUGGCAAACAGUGAGGAUCAGAUUUUGUAUAGAGAGACUCGUUUACGGUUCUUUUAAGCAUCACCGAAUGAUGUGCCUUUUAAGAAAACACACAAACUAUGCAGUGGCUUUAAAUAAGUGUAUGGAUAUUUAAAAUUGUUAAGUGUCCAGAUUUUUUUUUGGGCCAUAGUGCGUAUAGAUAUAUAUUAGAAUUGAGGAAUUCAGAUAUUAAGAAAAUAUGUCCAUUUCAAUUUCUGAGUUGAAAUUUAAGCUAUAUUGGUAACACGCCACAGGAGGUUUUAAUGUCAUUUUUAAAAUCAUAAGAAAACUUAAUUACAUUGUUCAUUUCGAAAAACGACUACUGCUUUUCCUGAAAGAAAUCAAAAUGUAUUAGCAAAUGUUCAGUACUUAAAAAAACAAAAUCAGACAUUAUUACUUAACAAGUAAAUCAAAAAUCAGUAAAUAAAUACAAAUCAAAAUGUAAUAAAAUCUGUUAAACAUAAAACAUUUAUAACAUAAAAACUAAGCAAAUAUGCGCAUUGCAUUUUGGUGUGCACAUUAAAAGUAAAUUAUAAUUAAUUAUUAACUAAAAUAUUUUACAAAUGUAAAAUUUGCAUAAGUAGAUUACAUACAGUCAAUGCAAAGACGCAAAUAGACACGAAUGACGCAAAUAGACAUGAAUGAUGCAAAUUGGCAACGUGUUUGCCGCGGACAUGCAAUAUUCGCGUCAAUUGCGUUUUUUUUCACCCAAGUUGAAAAAUGUUUAAAUUUGCAUGACGCGUUGCCGGCCGCGCAAGCCAAUCAGCAAAUAGCUGAUACAUAGAUUGACACAUCCGCUUGUAUCAGAAAAUGAAAAUGCAUUUUUGUUUUAUUUGCGUGAAUGAUCCUGCGAGUUAAAUAGAGCGAGUUUAAUGCAAAUCGCACAAGCUCUUCACUUAUUAACUUGGCUGACAAUGCAUCAUACCAAUUGUGUAAACAUUCUUUUAACUUGCAUAAAAAAUUCAGGUGUGUUUGCGACAAUCGUGUUGCCCAAUUUGCGUAAUUUACGUCAUCCAGUGCGAAUUGACUUCCUGUGUAAUAUAAUCGUACAAAUAAUUCAUUUUCUUUUGAUGUGGACACCAUGUUUUCACUAUGCACUGUAAAAAAAAGGCAGCAUGAAGUUAAAACAACUUGGUUUUGCAAGUUAAGUCGACAUAACUUAUAAAAUCAAGUUAACCACUUACCUGUCACUCCACCCUUUAGAGUGGGGGGUGAAAAGUUGAUGUGCAGGUUCAAAUAAAUAUAACUUUGGCAUUUUUUGGUCUAAAAGACUAAUCUUGGUCUUGUUUUAAAGAAGACAAUGUAAGGUUUUUCACUGAUGUUUCUGGAGGUGAAAAUAUUUAACAGAAAAAUUGUUAUAGCAGUUUAAAUUUAUUAUAAUAAUUAAAAAUAAUGCAAUAACAUAUUAAUUUGAUAAAUAAAAUUAUAAAAAUGAAAAUGUUUCACAAAAGUAAUAAUGUAAACAUGAGGCCAUAUGUCUCAAGCAGUCGUGAUCCAAAUUUUAAGUUAAAAUCACAAAAAAAUGAGGUUUGUGUAACACUUUUAGUGGUUUUACCAACAAAGGCCACUAGAGGUCAACGGUUUGCUGCAUUCUCUUGUCACAAAUUGAUAAAAUACUGUCACUGCAUUAUUAUAACUGCUAAAACGUUUUGAAAUAUGAAAACUAAAUUCUUGGAGCUUUCCAAUGAUAUAUAGUUUGUCAAUAUUUUUGAAGAUUUAUAAUAUGAUAUUAGAAUUAUGAAUAUAUAAAAUUAAUAUGCAUUCCUAUGGGGGGUGGGGUCAUGUAACUAAAAACUGUCACUACAUUAUUUCUAUCAUCAGAUGACCUUGAAAUAUAAAAACUACAUUCUGAGAGCUUUCCAAAGAUAUAUAGUUUGACAAGAUUUUUAAGGUUUGGAAUAGGGUAUUAGUGCUAUACAUAUGUAAAAACAAAUUUGGUCCACCUGUGGCCUGUGACGUUUUAGAAACUGACUCUCACUACGUCAUAAUUUUCCAAAAAUUGUGAUGAAAUAUGAAAACUACACUCUGAGAGCUUUCCAAAGAUAUAUAGUUUGUCAAGAUUUUUAGGUUUAGGAUAGGGUAUUAGUGUUAUAAAUAUGUAAAAACAAUGUGGGCCCGCUUGAGGGCCUGUGACCUUUUAGAAAAUGACUCACACUAUGUCAAUAUUUUCCCAAAAUGAUGAUGACAAAUGAAAACUACACUCUUAGAGCUUUCCAUUGAUAUACAGUUUGUCAUGAUUGGAUAAGAAUUCAUAUGCAAAACACUGAAGUAAUUGUAGGCAUCCCACCAGUGGGACAAUGUCAUUUAGCAGGACAUAAAUGUUUUGAAGCACACUCUCUUCAUAAAGUAAUCAAUUACUCUCCCUACAUAAUUUAUUUUAUAAAACACUGCUGAAAUAUGUAUUCUAGAGGCUUAGACCUUUCCAAAAAUAUAUAGUUUGUCAUGAUUCAAUAAACAUUUACAUCCAAAAUAUUGAAGUAAACCUAGGUGUUCCUCUACUACAGGAACAGUGACAGUUAAGUGGUUAAAAAAAGUUUAACUUAAUUUGUUAAGUUAAAGUAACAAAAAUAUAUGUUGAUUUGACAAAAAUGCUGCUUUUCUUUUACAGUGUGGUUUAAAAAAUAAUAAAAUAAAAUAAAUAAUAGAUUAUUUUUAAACAUAUACCAUUUUUAAGCAUUUUUAACAUUCUCAAUUCACUUCUAAAUGUCCUCCAACCUUAAUAUUUACACUUUAUUGUCAUAUAUAUAAAUAACACACACACACACACAUGUGGUGUUGAAAGUCAUCUCAGUCUUUAUAAAAAUCUAUUUUGAUAUUUAAACAGUUUUUUGUGGUUGAUGUUUUUAUUUUUUUAAAUGAGAUAUUUUUAUACUGGGGAAAAGCUUGCCUGAAUGCUCAGGGAUGCAAUCCUGUUAAAGCUUUUUUCCUAAAAUAAGAUGAGAACCCUUCAAGUGUUCCUGCAUAGACGCAGCUGUAACCUCAAAGAGGUGAUUUAAAAGAGCGCACAACGUGCCUUAAACUUACAAGAUGAAAUCUGCCAACACCAGCAGUGAUGAAUGAUGUUGAUCAGUCUAUGCAGAUGAAGGGCUUUCGGUUUGUUACAGCUUUGGUUGAUGUGUUAAGGAUGAUUGCUGUUACAUGAGGGAUAAAAAACAAUUCAUAUUCAUUUAAAUGAGGUCAUAUUUACUAACCAAACAUCCAUCUAUACACUCUUAAACAUACUGGGUUUCUUCAGCACCUUACGCAGACAGCAAGGGCCAUUUUUUAAAUGAAAUCUUUGUGGAGAUACUUCUGAAUGUUUAAUUACAAAUACUUAAAAACAUUAUAAAACAGCUUUGUUUAUAUGGUAGAUGGUUUUCUGCAACUACAGAAUUAAAGCUUUUAAAAGGGAGGUGAAAAGGCUUACAUUUUAUUUUUGUAAGAUUUUUGUAUUUUGUCAAACAUGCAACGGCCAUUGGAACCUUUAUUUUUAAGAGUGCAUUAUUUUAUAUGCUAUAAGUGGUUUUUAUUUCAUUUGACACUCAAAUAAGCCAAAAAGCACACAUGAAGUGACUCAAAUAUGUGUAUGUAUGUUUCUAUGGAUUAUUUUUGUAACCCAUGUAAGAUAUCAUAAAGGAGAUUGUUUAUGUUUA